UUUUCCCUCUUUCUCCUCCAGACUAUUCAUGAAACUUCGUUCCUAAUCCCAUCCUCCGAUUCAACUCAGCCAUGUCCGUUCGGUUCAAAUUCAGAAGCGCGCCCAACUUCGACUCCGUCGACAUUGCAGGCCUGCCUUCUAUCUCCGUUCGCGAUCUCAAAUCCAAAAUCAUCCACAACAAGAAACUCAAUAUCUGCCAAGAUUCCGAUCUCGUCUUCUCCGAUCAUUUCACCGGCCAAGAGUACGUCGACGAAGAUGUUCAAAUUCCAUGUGGCUCAAGUGUGAUUAUAAAGAGAGUCCCUGCGGGGACGGUUCCUUCUAAUAAGGUACACGGCAGCUCACUUGACAACUUUGCAACUAUAGAUGUCGAUAUGGUUAAGGCCUCUCUUCCAGUGAAAGCAGAAACCAUAGACUUUGAUGACUUUGGAGCUGAAUUAUGUCCUGUUUCUCAGUCAACAUUAUCUGGCAUCGAUCCUGAUAUUGAUAAGAAAUAUUUUAUUGGUAAUGAGAAGACAAAUAUUGAAAUGAGGAGGUGCCAUGAGCCACCAACAGUAGAAUGUCAAGAACUUGAUGGAACUGACAUUAGAGAGGCUAUACCAAGAGAUCAUGCUGGUUUUGAUGACAAAGCACCAGAGACUAAAUCAAGACCCAGUGUUGAACCAAACAUAAGAUUUUCAAAAGCUGUAGAUGCCAGUUCUCCAGACUUGCAGAAUACCGAUUUUCCUUCUGAACUUAAAUGCUACCUUUGCAACACAUACUUUAAGAAUGCUGUAAUGAUUCCUUGUUGCCAGCACAGUUUCUGUGAGAUAUGCAUUUCUGAAGUUCUUGUUGAGAAGGCAAGAUGUCCCAAAUGUUUCUCUACCAAAUGCAGCAUAGAAGAUUUACUACCAAAUGUAUCCCUUAGGUGUGCCAUUGAGCAUUUCCUUCAGUCUCGACUUCUUAUGAGUGGUUCAGAAAACGCUUUGCAUGGAUAUGCUCCUGAUGGAGAAUCUGGAAUUCAAGCAAAAGAUGUUUCUUGUGCAAUUUCUAUCCUUCAAAAGGAACAUCAUUUGCCUCCAUCUUCCUCUGCAACGGGAAGGGGUUCCAAUCAGGUUGCCAUUGAAUCUAUUGGUGGCACUGAUUCUCCUGCCAAUCCUUUAGCUGAAGAUGAAAAGAUCAAAUUGCUUCCCUUGUCACUCAAAUUACAACAAGUAGAUCAAGAGAGAGAUGGUUCUGCCCAUCAUGUGGAGUUGAAGAAUGGACCUGAGAACUCAGCAGAUUUUGCUGAUUUUCAGGGAGAAAGCCAACCUAUUCAUGAGGAAGCUGAAUCCAACAUCAAGACAAAGGGGACCAUGUGGGUUAAAGGUGCAGAUGAAAAGAAGAAUUUUGUUGAGACUGGAAGAUACAAAAAGGGGGAUCGUACCUGCUACAUGUGUGGUUCUCCAGAUCAUUUGAUAAGAGAUUGUCCUGUUGCUUCUAGUCCACAUCCCUUGUUUCAGAGGGGGCAUGCUAUGUUUCCAGGACCAAUGCCAGGUUACGGUUAUGGAUCACCUUGUUGGAAUGGGCAUUCCUUCCCCCAUGGUAGGCCUAGGCCCUUUCCAAUCACAUUUGGCAAUGCAGGGAUGAUGCCCUUUAAUGCAACAAUGAUUCCUGUCACACCUUUUUCUGUUCCUACAUUUAUGCCAUCUAUGUUUGGUGGGUCUCCUACAUAUCGUGGAUUUAUGGGGAUGGGAGGCACGACAACUCCAGUAAAAGAUAAUAUAAACCAUCAUCUAAGCCAUUCCGAGUUGGCUGUUCAGGAUUAUGAGAAGAGGCAGAAAUUCUCAAGUGAAAAAAUAAUGAGCAGGCAACCAAGUUUUGACGAUAAUGAUGAUACUGAAACCAGGUGUCAGUUUGAAGAGGUAGAAAGAUUGCAACAAAAGAAAUCUCGUGAGAGGGAGAGAAGUGUAGGCCAUUCUGACGACAGCUUUACUCAAAGAUCAAAUGGGAAAUGUCGGCACCGACAUAAUCCAUAUGAUGACAUCUAUUUGCUUGAUGAAAGGCAUGAUAAAAGUUCUCGAUCCUCCAUUGUUGGUCGAGAUCAUAGUUCACAUCAUCAUUCAGAGAGAUCAAGGUCAGAAAUAGAAGAUUUGCCUAGCACUUCAAGUGGGCAUAGUGGAGAGAAGUAUAAGCACUGCCACAGGAGCUCCAAGAAACAAAAUGACAGAAGGGAGCAGGGUGGCAGUGAUUCUAGUUGGGAUCACUAUCCAUCUAAUAAAGAGAAAGAUGUUAAAAGAAAAAGAAUUAACCAUGAUGUUGAAAGGCAGAAGGAGAAACAUCACAAUCACUCAGACUCUGGUUUGAAGCAGAGCCUUUCUGCCUAUCAGAAAGAGAAAGGAAGUGAAAAACAUUCUAGUCAUAGUUCCAGGCGUUCUGGACAUAAUGCCAAAUCAGGGAAUGAUGAAUUGAGUCAUGAUAGGUUGCGUAUGGUCAGUAGGUCAGAUGAGGAUGCUGAAGAGGAUUAUCGCUAUCAUAAAAGGAAAAGGGUUUAUUAGAGCAAGAGACCUGAUUCUUGAGGUAAAUGUGUACAUGAAGUUUCAUAUCAAAACCAAGGUGAUCCAUACAGUGCUUAUUUCAUAUUCAGUUAGGUAAAUGUAUCAAGCAGUUUAAUCUGGUUAGACGUUACUGGUUUAGCAAAAUUUAGUUGGUCAGUUGGUAGCCUUUUUUUUUUAUUGUCUAAUUUUGAUUCUGUUGGUUUUGUGGAUACAGAUCUAGUUGAACGGCUUUUGGAUGGUAGCUUCAUGGAUUAUGUUUUUAAUAUAUGCUUCUAACCCAUGUUUACAGUUUUAGCUUGUGCUUAGGAGGCAAGCAAAAGAAAAGUUUUUGCACAAGAAGGUUUGGCUAACCUUAACACAUAAGCUUCGGAUCUUCUUUUUGCAGAAACUGAUGAAGCUGCUGAAGGUAUGUCUACUUUUCCACUAAAAUCAAUACUUGGAACUUGGAGGGUAAAGAAAACAAAAAGAAAAAGGUUGUGGCUCCCUGAUGGUUCAUUGGUCGAUUGGGAAUACUCCUCGAUCGUAUAAAUAAAGGUCGUCGGGUUCUGGUUUGCCCCUUUCUAGGACUUGGGCGGGCUGAUUGGCGGUUGUUUUUACUGGGCUUGGGCUUGGGUUUUUGGGUAAGGUCGGCUUGGGUUUGGUUAGGCAUGCAGGGUUGAAAUACUUGUCCACAGUCAGUACCAAAAAAAAAAAAAAUUGAAGAGAGAGAGAGUUUAGAAGGUUGGGGUAGGGAUGCGUGCCUAUGGUUAGAGAGGGUACUUCACAACCUGGAAGGGCAGCCAUACCCCCUACGCACCCCCCCCCCCAAAAAAAAAGCCCAUUUUCAGUAACAGUUGUUUGGUCUCAAAUCUUUCAUUCUGGUUGUCUAGACUCUUGAGGAAAUGGUCUAGACCCAGAGACCAACUCUAUUUUACCAAAAAAGUAAAUAGGUAAUAACUUAGAGCCCGCUCUACGUUAUUAAUUUAUAAAUAUAAAAUGAAAUUAGUGUACAUCA